AUGAACACGACAUCUUUAGCUUUCCUUCACUCCCACAAGCAACAACCAUCAGCUAGCAUGAACGCCACAUCUAUCAAGCACGUUGCCAGUUUGAUCCAAGAUGCUUGGCUGCUCAUAAAUCAUAACUUCUCCAACUCCCUUUUGGCAGCCCUUAGACUGGAUGCUGGUGAUGGCAAUAGAAGUGUGGCGAGACCAAGCCAGACAUUGGAAGAACUUUGGACAGAUCCAAAGCUACAUAGGCCCCCAAAAGUGAAUAGCAAUUUUCGAACGAGGGUUCCUCGCAAUGAAAACAUCCAAAAGCUUCGAAACAGCUACCUAUUUCCUGAGAUUGGAAUGAGGCAAUUGGCACAUAUGGAGAAGUACCCAGAUGCUAAGGUCAUCAGCUUGGGAAUUGGUGACACAACUGAGCCUAUACCAAACAUUAUAACAUCAGCCAUGGCUGAGUAUUCGCAUGCACUGUCCAGUUAUGAAGGCUAUACAGGUUAUGGACCAGAACAAGGAAACCAGCCACUGAGGAAGGCGAUUGCUGAGACAAUUUAUGCAGACAUGGGUAUAGAAGAAUCUGAAGUCUUUGUUUCAGAUGGCACACAGUGCGACAUUUCACGUGUUCAGUUGAUGCUUGGAUCCAAUGUGACGAUCGCCGUGCAAGACCCGACCUUUCCGGCAUACGUGGAAUCAGGCAUCAUAAUGGGUCAAACUGGUGAAUACAUUGAAGGUAAUGGCAGGUAUAUGGGAGUUGAGUACAUGAGAUGCUCGCCAGAAAAUCUAUUUUUCCCAGAUUUUUCAAGCAUUCCAAGGACAGAUGUCAUCUUCUUUUGCUCGCCAAACAAUCCAACGGGUCACGCUGCAUCGAGGGAGCAACUGCAGCAAUUGGUAGAGGUUGCGAGGAAGAACGGAUCAAUAAUCGUGUAUGACUCUGUGUAUGCUGCCUACAUAUCAGAUGAUAGCCCAAGAUCCAUCUAUGAGAUCCCUGGAUCUAAACAGGUUGCAAUUGAGAUUUCAUCUUUAUCCAAAUCUGCGGGAUUCACCGGAGUCCGUCUCGGCUGGACGGUGGUCCCUGAAGAGCUCAAAUAUUCCAAUGGAUUUCCUGUCUCAAAGGACUUUGAUCGCAUCAUGUGCACAUGUUUUAAUGGUGCAUCCAAUGUUGCUCAAGCAGGAGGCCUAGCUUGCUUAUCAGAAGAAGGUUACGAGGCCAUACAAGGAGUGAUCAAUGUCUACAAGGAGAAUGCAAGAACACUGAGAGACACAUUCUCUUCGAUAGGUUUAGAGGUGUAUGGCGGCACAAAUUCCCCUUAUAUAUGGGUGCAUUUCCCUGGUCGAAGAUCAUGGGAUGUUUUUGAAGAGAUCCUUGAGAGAACACACGUUAUUACGAUCCCAGGUUGUGGAUUUGGUCCAGGUGGUGAAGGUUUCAUUAGAGUCAGCUCAUUUAAUCACAGGGAAUGCAUUCUUGAAGCUUCUGAAAGAUUGAGAACUCUUUUUGCAAAAAAGUUCUCUCUCUUUCCUGUUCUCUCUACGAAAUAAUUGUGUCUGAAAUUUUUCCUUGUUGGUUUGAGUUCAUAACGAAUCACUAUCCCUGAUGUAACCUUCUCUUUGUUCCCUUCUCUUAGGCUUGAUACUCCUAAAAGGUCUUUUGUACCUUUCUUUCCUUUGCUGCUGAUUAAGCU